CCGCGGCCCCGGCUGGCGCGCACCCCGCCGCCGCCGCCGCUGCAGCAUGGGCUGCCUCGCCGGGAUUGCCCUGCUCUCCUGGGGAGUCUUCCUAGCGGGACGCGUGAACUGCCAGCAUGGGAAGAACAACGUGCCCAGGCUCAAAUUGUCCUACAAAGAAAUGUUGGAAUCCAACAAUAUAAUCAAUUUUAAUGGACUAGCUAAUAGCUCCAGUUACCACACUUUCCUCUUGGAUGAAGAGCGGAGUCGACUGUACGUCGGAGCAAAGGAUCACAUAUUUUCUUUCAACCUGGUUAACAUCAAAGAAUAUCAAAAGAUUAUUUGGCCUGUGUCUCAUUCCCGAAGGGAUGAGUGCAAGUGGGCUGGAAAAGAUAUUCUGAGAGAAUGUGCUAAUUUCAUCAAGGUGCUUAAGGCUUAUAACCAAACACACUUGUAUGCCUGUGGAACGGGGGCUUUCCAUCCCGUGUGCGCCUACAUUGAAGUUGGAAGCCAUCCUGAGGACAACAUUUUUAAAAUGGAAGAUUCACAUUUUGAAAAUGGCCGAGGGAAAAGCCCUUACGAUCCUAAAUUGCUGACAGCUUCUCUUUUAGUAGAUGGUGAAUUGUAUUCCGGGACCGCAGCGGACUUCAUGGGCAGAGACUUUGCCAUUUUCCGAACGUUGGGGCAUCACCAUCCCAUCCGAACAGAGCAGCAUGACUCCCGGUGGCUCAAUGAUCCUAGAUUCAUUAGUGUUCACCUGAUACCAGAGAGUGACAAUCCAGAAGAUGACAAAAUCUACUUCUUCUUCCGUGAAAAUGCAAUUGAUGGAGAACACACCGGGAAAGCCACUCAUGCCAGAAUAGGGCAGAUCUGUAAGAAUGACUUUGGUGGGCACAGGAGCCUUGUUAACAAAUGGACAACUUUCCUGAAAGCCCGGCUGAUCUGUUCUGUGCCAGGACCCAAUGGCAUCGACACGCACUUUGAUGAACUGCAGGAUGUGUUUCUAAUGAACUCAAAAGACCCUAAAAAUCCAAUAGUCUAUGGAGUGUUUACAACUUCCAGUAACAUCUUCAAGGGCUCGGCAGUGUGCAUGUACAGCAUGACGGACGUCAGGAGGGUCUUCCUGGGGCCCUACGCUCACAGGGACGGCCCCAACUACCAGUGGGUCCCAUACCAGGGACGAGUGCCAUAUCCACGGCCGGGAACGUGUCCCAGUAAAACCUUUGGAGGCUUCGAUUCUACCAAGGACCUUCCUGAUGAGGUUAUAACAUUUGCAAGAAGUCAUCCAGCCAUGUACAACCCUGUUUUUCCUAUCAACAACCGUCCAAUCAUGAUCAAAACAGAUGUGGAUUACCAGUUCACCCAGAUAGUAGUAGAUCGAGUUGAUGCAGAAGACGGCCAAUAUGAUGUGAUGUUCAUUGGCACAGAUAUUGGAACAGUUCUUAAAGUGGUUUCAAUUCCUAAGGAGACUUGGCAUGACUUAGAGGAAGUCUUGCUGGAAGAAAUGACAGUCUUUCGGGAGCCCACUGUUAUUUCAGCAAUGAAGAUUUCCACAAAACAGCAACAGCUCUACAUUGGCUCAGCCACCGGAGUUUCACAGCUUCCUUUGCACCGCUGUGAUGUGUAUGGAAAAGCAUGUGCCGAGUGUUGCCUUGCGAGAGACCCUUACUGUGCCUGGGACGGCUCCUCCUGCUCACGUUACUUCCCCACUGCUAAGAGGCGUACAAGGCGACAGGACAUCCGAAAUGGAGACCCCCUUACUCACUGCUCAGACCUGCAGCAUCAUGAUAACCCAAGUGGCCAGACCCUGGAGGAAAAGAUUAUCUAUGGAGUAGAGAAUAGCAGCACUUUUCUAGAGUGCAGUCCAAAAUCUCAGCGUGCCGUAGUCUAUUGGCAAUUCCAGAAACAAAAUGAUGACCGCAAAGAAGAGAUAAAAGUGGAUGAUCGAAUGAUACGGACAGAACAGGGUUUAUUGCUCCGAAGUCUUCAACGGAGAGACUCUGGUAUUUACUUUUGUCAUGCUGUGGAGCAUGGUUUCAUGCAAACUCUGCUCAAAGUGACCCUGGAAGUAAUUGAUACUGAUCACCUGGAAGAGCUGCUCCAUAAAGAAGAAGAUGGUGAUGCCUCCAAGAUCAAGGAUGCCACCAAUAGUAUGACCCCCAGUCAAAAAAUCUGGUAUAGAGACUUCAUGCAGUUAAUCAAUCACCCCAACCUCAACACCAUGGAUGAGUUCUGUGAGCAGGUUUGGAAAAGAGACCGCAAACAACGUCGGCAAAGGCCUUCCAAUACACAGGUGAAUACGAAUAAGUGGAAGCACCUACAAGAGAAUAAAAAAGGUAGGAACAGGAGGACCCAUGAAUUUGAGAGGGCACCACGGAGUGUCUGAGCUACAUUACCUCUAGGAACCUCAUCCAAGUAGAAACUUGUAUAGACAGAUAACUGGAAAAAAAAUGCAAUAUACAUGAACUUUUUCAUGGCAUUAUGUGGAUGUUUACAAGAGUGGAAAGCUCAAACGAUUUCCACCAGGUUUAAAAAAAAAUGAUUUCUAACUUUCCUAGUAAAUUCUUCCUCUCUGCACCAAGACUAAGACCAGAACGACCAGAGUUUCAAGAGAUAAGUCACCUGAACCUAGCUUACUGCUCAAACAGUUCUGCAAGUGUUCAACAGGCAGGUUUUGCUUUCAUAUAAACAAAAAGCUGUAUUUCAUGCCGUCAUCUUAAAGGAAAAACAAAAGCCACCUUUCAUCAUCAGCACUACCAUUCCUAGACUUAUAUAUAAAACUGCAUGAACUCAUUAAGCUGAUGAACGUCUAAACAUGUGAUUGGACACGAAGAUUUUGUUCUUGUUUUGUCUACCAGUUCUCCUGUUUAUAUUUACUAGAAGAGGAAAACAAUACCUAAUGAGAUUGUUUGUGGAAAUCUGAACAACAAAAGCCAUCCAUCAUCCAGAAGAACAAAAAAUGUGGAGUACACUGGCCUACUACUGAUGACUUCUUCCAGCUUUGAUCUAAAGAUGUAUUUUAUUAAAACUAUAAUUUAAAUGUACCAUGACAAAUAUGCAGCAAACAUUAGCUUUUUUCUAAAAUAGAUUAGACUUUUUGUCUUAGAAUUAUUGUACUUUUUAAUUACUGGUUUAGAGG